AUGAAUUUGCAGCGACCUGGAGACACACGUUGGAGUUCCCAUUUGAAAUCUAUUUCGAGCUUGAUAAAGAUGUUCAGGACAACAUGUAAUGUUCUUGGAAAAAUUGUGGAUGAGGGAAAUACUCCUUCUCAACGAGGGGAAGCAUUUUCAUCUCUCGAGGCUAUGAAUUCCUUUGAAUUUGUUUUUGUCUUACAUCUCAUGAAAGAAAUUAUGGAGAUUACAGAUUCUCUUUGCCAAGCUUUGCAACGCAAGUCUCAAGAUAUAUUAAAUGCAAUGCACCUUGUCUCAAGCACAAAGGAUCUUCUCCAAAAUUUAAGAGAUAACGGAUGGGAAACACUUCUUGCAAAGGUGAAAUCAUUCUGUGAAGUUCAAUCUGUUGAUGUCCCUGAUAUGAGUACUUGUUAUGUUGAGAGACGAGGUCGUGCUCGACGUCAAAGAGAUAAUGUUUCAGUUGAACAUCAUUAUCGAGUUGAUAUUUUCAAUGCUGCUAUUGAUUUCCAAUUACAGGAACUGAACAACAGAUUUAGUGAGAAAGCAGUGGAGUUGCUCAUGCUUAGUUGUGCUUUGGAUCCUAGAGAAUGGUGCAAAGGAUUUCAGGUCGACAACUUAUGCAAGCUUGUUCACAAGUUCUAUCCUCAAGAUUUUACAGAUUUUGAGAAAGAAGAACUGAGAGUUCAAUUACUUCAUUUUGAGGCAGAGAUCACUAAAAAUGGUGAUGCGCAAAAACUAUCUGGUAUUUCUGAAUUAUGCCGAUGGUUGGUGGAGACCAGAAAAUUAGAUAUUUAUCCACUUAUUCAUAGAUUGAUUAAGCUCAUAUUAACUUUGCCGGUCUCUACAGCUACUACUGAGCGUGCUUUUUCUGCUAUGACCAUUGUCAAAACUAGACUCCGAAAUAAGAUGGAUGAUGAUUUCUUGGAGAAUUGCUUGAUUAUCUACAUUGAAAGAGAGAUUGCUAAGAAGUUUAGUGUGGAUUCCAUUAUAAACGGAUUUCGUGACAUGAAGGAGCGUAGAGCGCUACUUUGA